AUGGCCAUGUCGUACCUUUUUCAGUUCCUUGACAAGUCAGCUCUUAGCUACACGACCAUCAUGGGCCUGCGGGAUGACUUGCAUCUAACUGGCUCCGAAUACUCAUGGGCAAGUAGUAUUUACUACUUCGGUUAUCUCAUUGCUUCGUACCCUGCAGGAGUCAUGAUGGUUCGACUUCCUGUCGGUAAGAUGAUUGCCGUCUCGGUCCUUGUUUGGGGAAUUGUUCUCAUGUUUACUGCGCUUUGCUCCAAUGCUGGCGGUUUACUGGCAAACCGAAUCAUUCUAGGGAUUUCUGAGGCCGCUAUUGCGCCAGGUCUCAGCAUCGUCAUCUCCAUGUGGUACAAACGCUCAGAACAGCCGCUGCGACAUGGCGCCUGGUUCCUUGGCAAUACUGUUGCCGGUAUUUUCGGUGGAGUUGUUGCUUACGCUAUUGGCCAUGCCGUAUUUCUUAUCUUUGGCGGAAUCACUACAGCCUGGUCCUUUGCUAUCUUUUUCCUCUUGCCUGACACACCAAUGAAGGCUCGAUUUCUCAGCGAAGCUGAUCGAAUCAAAGCGAUUGAACGGGUUGAGAAAAACCUGACGGGGAUCAAAAGUGAUACGUUCAAGUGGUAUCAGUGCGUUGAGGCCUUGACUGAUAUCAAGGCUUGGCUUCUCUUUGGCAUCCAAAUCAGCGCCCAGAUUGCUAAUGGUGGCGUCCACGGGUUCGGGUCCAUCGUAAUCAAAGGAAUGGGCUUCAGUACUCUCAACACCCUGCUUGUACAGAUGCUGGGGUCCGUCUUCCAGCUCGUAUUCGUCUUCAUGGUCACGGGAGGAAGCACUUACUUCCGCAACAGCCGCACCUAUUGGAUGGCAUUGAACCUCGCAAUCUCAAUUGCUGGUGCUGCCAUGGUUCGCCAGAUAGAAUCGGAACUCAAGUGGGCACGGUUUAUGGGGUACUGCCUCACGAUCGCGUACAGUGCCAACUUUCCCAUGAUCCUGUCCGUGUCCUCUGGCAACUUUGGCGGAUUUAACAAGAAAACUACAGUGAAUUCAAUGAUAUUUAUUGCCUAUUGUGCCGGUAACAUCAUCGGUCCGCAACUCUUCUUCGAGUGGGAAGCACCUUCUUACAGCUCCGGUUUCUUGGCCAUGUUGAUAUGCUACAGUCUUGGAGUCUUGAUGUGCUUCAUUCUUCGUUACUAUCUAAUAUGGGAAAACAAGCGACGCGACAGCAUUGGAGAGGAGCUUGACACGGGUGUUGGAAACGACGUGUCCCUGAAUCUGCUUGAUAAAACGGACAAGGAAAUCCCCCAGUUCAGAUACGUCUACUAA